AUUGGACCUGCUCCAGGUGAUACAUAACGACUACGCUGGUGUCGUGAAGAGUCUCUUUCUCAGCCCAAGCUUUCUGGUCCUUGAUGGUCAACAACACAUCGUGGGUUUCAACCUCUGACACCCGAGCCCUGGAGGACACGCGGUCAUGACUGAAAUCUUGCUUGCUAAUACUGCUGUGUCAGCAUGGCUGAUACAGCCAUGUCUGAGGUUCUGGAUCCGACCACCUCGUCGUUGCUGUUACCUCUCGGUACCCCUGUUCCACACCUUGACCUGGAUGACUCGUUGGUCUGGCACUACGAUUCAAUCACGUCCUCGAGCUGUGCUGGAGCAAGCUACAUAUACCCACCGAGCCAUGCCUCUUCCAUCAGUCAGCAGCCAGUUCACUCAGUGAACUUGAUCAUCAGACCUGCCGGGGUAGCUCAAUCGGUAGAGCGUGUGGCUCUUAUCAUCACGAUAUCGUCAACCUCAAGGUCGCGGGUUCGAGCCCCGCCUUCGGCUAUUCCUUCACACACGCUGUCUGUUCUUUUUGCCGUUUGUUAUGGGUCUAGAAAAGCAAUAUCUGAUGCUUGAAACAAAUCUCAAAAUUUUGGUGAG